AAAGUCCCAUUUCAUCGACACAACAAGCGGCCAGGGAAACACUCACUGCUAUGGCAGCUCGGACAGAUUUAAGGUGACGGUUGAGUGUAGCUAGUUUACAGAUAACUCACGGGACAUGCCCGAGUUUCCUUCAGGAUCCUCUAAGUUGAACCUGGAUCUACUUUGUUUCCAGAUAAAAUGGCGUUGUCAAGGCCACCAGCUCAGCUUCUGGCCCUUGUUUUCCUCACAGCACAAGUGACCCUCUCAACAGAAAGCAAUAAAUGUGCUGCCAGGAACUUUGGCCAUGACUCAGUGGUGUGUGAGUGUAAUUCAACCUACUGUGACAGCGUAGGAUCAGUCACCCUGCCUCCACUGGGACAGUACUCCUCCUACCUGAGCAGCAUGGCGGGCAGCAGACUGGAGCCAGGCCAGGGUCAGGCCCAGGUGAACAGCACCGGGGCAGGCCUCAGGUUGACUAUCGUUCCCUACCAGAAGUACCAGAAGAUCAGGGGAUUUGGUGGAGCUAUGACAGACGCAGCAGCAAUUAACAUCCUGUCCCUUUCUGCCGGCGCACAGGACCAGCUGCUACGACAGUAUUUCUCCAGCGAAGGUAUCGGCUACAGCGUGGUGCGUGUCCCCAUGGCCAGCUGCGACUUCUCCACCCGUCUGUACACCUAUGCUGACACACCUGGAGACUACAACCUGGACAACUUCACCCUGGCCCCUGAGGACAUCGACAUGAAGAUCCCCCUCCUGCAGCGUGCUCAGGCCUUGUCUCCUCGCCCCCUGUCUCUGCUGGCCAGUGCCUGGAGUGCCCCUGCCUGGAUGAAAACUAAUGGUGCACUCAUAGGAAAGGGCUCCCUGAAGGGCCAGCCUGGUGGCAAGGAGCAUAAAACAUGGGCUCAGUACUACAUCAGGUUCCUUGAGGAAUAUGCUAAAUAUAACGUGACCUUCUGGGCUUUGACCACUGGGAAUGAGCCCUCUGCAGGCCAGAUGACAAACUACAGUUUCCAGGCUCUGGGCUUCACGCCUAAGGAGCAGCGGGACUGGGUGGCUCUGGAUCUGGGCCCGGCCCUGCAUGCUUCUUCAUACCCACACACACACGUCCUCAUACUGGAUGAUAACCGCUUGCUACUGCCUCACUGGGCCAAAGUGGUCCUAAAUGAUGUUCAUGCAGGACGGUACAUUCAUGGUGUGGCAGUACACUGGUACAUGGAUAGCCUUGUCCCAGCUGACAUAAGCCUGGGAGUCAUCCAUCAUCUAUAUCCAGAAUAUUACCUGUUUGGCACGGAGGCCUGCGCCGGGUGGAAGCCACUAGACAGAGGGGUGAACCUGGGGAACUGGGACAGGGCUGAACAGUACGCACAUGACAUUAUAGAGGACUUAAAUCAUCAUGUGGUGGGCUGGACUGACUGGAACCUGGCGUUGGACCAGACUGGUGGGCCAAACUGGGUUAAAAACUUUGUGGACAGCCCUGUAAUAGUGGAUGCAAAGCGCGACGUCUUCUACAAGCAGCCAACUUUCUAUAGCUUGGCCCAUUUCAGUAAGUUCCUGUGGGAGGGCUCUCAAAGAGUGGGGGUGUCUGCCAGUCAGGAAACAUACCUGGAAUACUCUGCCUUCAUAAGACCAGAUGGCUCAGUAGUGCUCAUCAUACUCAACAGGUCAUCAUCAGUGAUCCAGUUUGAGGUCUGGGAUCCAGUUGUGGGCUACAUCCCCUCCACUGCUCCAGCUCAUUCAUUGCUCACACUUGCUUGGAACACACACUGAUCAUAAAUAUAAAGUCAUAUAUACAUAUGUAUGUAUGUAUGUAUGUAUAUAUGUUUAUACAUACAUGUAUACAUAUAAAUAUAUAUAGCCUGUACCACAUCAGAAAUGUUUUUACAUUCAUUUUAACAUGCCACAGAGUAAGCUUUUAAUGUUGGAACUUAUUUGAGUACUUUUUCAGGAUCACUCAAACACUUUUUUUUUAACUGCUGCAAUAACUUUUUUUUUUUUUUUUAAAUCUACCAUGGUUUUCAGCACAGAUUUAGUGAUUUCAGUGGUUAUUUAAAUUAACCUCAGCCCCUUUGAUAUACCGUCAAAGUCCUAAAAUGCCUCUUUUUUUAUGCACCGGUUCUUUUCAGGGAUGGUACCUAAAAGUAAUGAAUGUAUCAACUCACCAGAAUUAACUGUGCUUAUGUGUAACUGGUGCCUUGAUUUCCAGCUAAUAAGAUACUGUAAUUGUCCUCACCAUGUCAAAUCUCUGAAGAAAUCAUAUAAGUAAUGUACAGAGUUUGUAAAUGCCUCCUUCUCUUGCUAUUUAAUCUUUUAAUUUUACAUAAAGCACAUAUUACUAUAAAAUAUUCCAUGUCACAUCUAAUGUUUGAAGUAUUUUUGGGUGCAGAGAGGAUAUAAAAUGACAUGUAUUAACGGGAUUGUGAGCAAUGAAUAUUAAACUAUGACAGUUUUUCUGUCAAUUUAUUAAUACCUCAUAGACAUUUUUCAUAUAUAUAAUAUACAGUUUCAAUAACCAGGUAUUUCACAUUUGUGUCUCCAUUCUCAAUGUUUUUUUUCGUUUGCAAACUGUAAGUAGUUGGAGUAAAAUUAUUUACAUCAAAAAAAGUGAUAAAAAUGUGAAACAAAAGACGGUCAUAAACAGAGGAA